AUGCAAGGGCUUACAACAUCGACAACAGCUAUGCUGUCUCGUCAGCUAGUACGCCGACAGCCCAUCGCGGCCUCGACAGUGGCUAGAAUAGUCGCGCAACGGACAUACGCAACACCCGCUGGUCCGCCCGUGAAGGGUUUCCGAACUCCCCCGCCGAAGCGAUGGAAUGAAGAAGAAGAUGGAACAUUCGAACGCGCUGGAAAGUACUUCCUCCUGACUGAGAUGUUUAGGGGCAUGUACGUCGCAUUAGAGAACUUCUUCAGGCCACCAUACACAAUUUACUACCCUUUUGAAAAGGGUCCUGUAUCUCCCCGAUUCCGUGGCGAACACGCCCUAAGGCGUUACCCGUCAGGCGAAGAGCGAUGCAUUGCCUGCAAGCUAUGCGAAGCGAUCUGCCCUGCGCAAGCCAUCACAAUUGAAGCAGAAGAGCGAGCUGAUGGUUCAAGACGGACAACCCGAUACGAUAUCGACAUGACCAAAUGCAUCUACUGCGGCUUUUGCCAAGAAUCAUGUCCCGUAGAUGCGAUUGUCGAGUCGCCUAAUGUCGAAUAUUCGACUGAGACGAGAGAAGAGUUACUAUACAACAAGGAGAAGCUCCUGGCGAAUGGAGACAAAUGGGAGCCCGAGUUGGCGGCUAUCAUCAAGGCUGACUCCCCUUACAGAUAA